AUGGCGAAGCCGGCGGCGGCGGCGGCGGCGGCGGCGGCGUCGGAGGAGCUGAGCCAGGUGCCGGACGAGGAGCUGCUACGCUGGAGCAAGGAGGAGCUGGCGCGGAGGCUGCGGCGCGCCGAGGGCGAGAAGGUGGGCCUCAUGCUGGAGCACGGUGGGUUGAUGCGCGACGUGAACCGGCGGCUGCAGCAGCACCUGCUGGAGAUUCGCGGCCUCAAGGACGUGAACCAGCGGCUACAGGACGACAACCAGGAACUACGCGAGCUCUGCUGUUUCCUCGACGACGACCGGCAGAAGGGGCGCAAGCUGGCGCGCGAGUGGCAGCGCUUCGGACGCCACGCGGCCGGCGCCGUGUGGCACGAGGUGGCUCGCUCGCAGCAGAAGCUGCGCGAGCUCGAGGCGCGCCAGGAGGCCCUGCUGCGCGAGAACCUGGAGCUCAAGGAGCUGGUGUUGCUGCUGGAUGAGGAGCGCGCGUCUCUGGCGGCGGCAGGGGGCGCGGGCAGUGGAGGCGGCGGUGCGGGCUCCCGCAGCUCUAUCGACAGCCAGGCCAGCCUGAGCGGGCCGCUGGCUGGGGGCGCGGCGGGUGCAGGGGCCCGCGACGUGGGCGACGGCAGCAGCACGUCCAGCGCGGGCAGCGGCGGCAGCCCCGACCACCAUCAUCACGUUCCACCCCCACUGCUGCCCCCCGGGCCGCACAAGGCCCCGGACGGCAAGGCUGGAGCUACGCGUCGGUCCCUGGACGACCUGUCUGCGCCACCCCACCACCGCAGCAUCCCUAACGGUCUGCACGAUCCCUCGUCCACGUACAUCAGGCAGCUGGAGACCAAAGUGAAGCUGCUGGAGGGUGACAAGCUCCUCGCACAGCAGGCUGGCUCUGGGGAGUUCCGGACGCUGCGGAAAGGCUUCUCCCCAUACCACUCGGAGUCCCAGCUUGCGUCCCUGCCACCUUCCUACCAGGACUCGCUGCAGAAUGGCCCAGCCUGCCCUGUUCCUGAGCUGCCCUCACCAACCCCUGCUGGCUACAGUUCUGCAGGACAGAAGCCUGAGGCUGUUGUGCAUGCCAUGAAGGUCCUGGAGGUACAUGAGAACCUGGAUCGGCAGCUCCAGGACAGCUGUGAGGAGGACCUGAGUGAGAAGGAGAAGGCCAUUGUUCGCGAGAUGUGCAACGUGGUCUGGAGAAAACUGGGAGAUGCUGCCAGUUCCAAGCCCUCCAUCCGGCAGCACCUGUCUGGGAACCAGUUCAAGGGGCCUUUGUAGGGCUGUUCUUCCAUGGACAUGGGCUCACUCUGCCUGGAUUCCCAGGGAGAGUUCAUGCCCUAGACAUGGGCAGGACCUCUGGCUGAGCCACUGUCUUCUUCCUCUGUGGUGAACUGUACAUAGGAUGCUGCCUGCCCUGGCCUGGUUGCUGUGGGUCUCAUGCUGACAGCCAGGCCUCCAUCUGCUGCCUCACACACCAGCAAACUGGGAGGAUGAGAAGCUAUCGACCAUUCACUGCAGCAGAGUGGCCUCCAUGAGGAUAGGCUGAAGGCCCAGGGAUGUCCCAAGCUUCUCUGUCCUGCCCCCCACCCCCAAAUGCCACCCGCACUGGACAGAAGCCACUGGAUCCUCAUGCAGAGGCACCACUUCUUGCCUGCAUGCUGUGGCCUGCCACCAGCCCACCAAGAACUGGGUUCCCUUUGUCAUGGAUGAAGAAACUUGCUGGUCCAUGGCUGGUUGGAGGCUGCUUUGGCAUCUCAGCCUCUUCCUCUAACACCCAGCUCUGGGAGCCAGGGCCCCUCACUGCCUGGGGAUUGUCCUCAGCUGUCUUGAUGUCAGCUGCUGCUUGUUUUUAGAGCUCAUCAGCCCCCACCUCCCCAACAUAACUCUGCAAUGUCCCCCCCACUCUGUGCCAGGUUGUGCCCCAUCUUUUUGUGUUCCUUCAGCCCAGUGUCUGGGACAUAUCCCUUUCUGUGGUUUCCAUGAUGGGCCAGCUACAUAGGAAGGUCCUAUGGAGAGUUUCUGGAGAGCCACACAAGACUAUCUUUGGAUGGGUAGCAUUGGGCCACAGCUCAGCUUUUAGUUGGCUGUGGCCUCUCCUAGGGCCUAGCCACAGCCUGGGUCACUGUUGAUGGACCUAUCAGAGCCACAGUUGACAAAAGUUUUGUUCUCCCUGGGGAGGAGUCUCCCGACCUAGUUCUGGCUUUAAUUUGCUGUAUGACCUUCAAUAAGUCACUCAGCCUCUUUGGGCCCCUGGUGGAAAAAUGGGGUCUCUGAAGUUCCUUUUUUCUCCCAGUGCAAGGCCAUCCAUUUCUAGAUGGGGUCAAUCUGUUGGAGAGGUACUGGGCAGGUGGGCUGGGCAGAUCUGAAGCCCAAGUCGAGCUUUGCUGCCUCACUAUCCCAUCAAAAGUAGUUACUUUCCACUCUGAGCCUCAGUGUCCUCAGCUAUAGAAUGGGCAGCAUAAGGCCCUCCUUACAGGGCUGGGGGGGGGGUCACAUGACACCAACAGUGUAAAAGACCUGUACAGACUGUAAAGUGUAAUAGUUAACUUUUUGUGUGCAGGGAGAAUGAGGCCCAGAGUGGCUAAAUGAUUUAUGGCACAUUAGAAAUGAGAUCCCAGAACCUGUGAGACAGGGACAGGCCACUUUCCUGACAUCAGUGAAUGCCCUUGAGCCAGCCUCUGCUGUCCACAUGUGCUUUGUCUAGCUCGUCCACCCAUCAGACUCCUACAUCCUCCCAGUGGUGCUUAGAGCUUCAUGCUAUAGCACUUGAAGAGCCCAAAGAGGUUGUCUUCCUAUUAGCGGGUCUCAUUUAGGUUCAAGUAGAAGAUAAGGACCCAAGCAAGGGGUGAGAAAUGACUUUUCUUUCUCUCCCCAGCUGGGGACUUUAUUCUGAGCAUUUACUGCUGGUGUCUGCCAUCAGCUUCCUUGGGUCACACACUCUCAGGGGAAAGGCUUGCGGCCCUCACUGUGUCCAGGGAGUGCUGAGUGGGUGCUGGUCAUGGGCAUGGGCCUGCUGUUCUUGUUGAGAGUGUUAUCAGAGGCUCUUUGGGGUCUUUAGGGGUGUGUGACCUGAAGCUGGAUGACCAUCUGUGGUCAUACCAGGUAAUUCCUGCCCAAUUGGGCAGCUGAACUGGGGAGUGGGGAGGAGGGCCCUUCUGGAUCUUGGAAUCCAAAGAACCACAGAGCAGCCUGGGUGGGGGGUGGGUUCAUUUUGGGUAGGAACUGAGUCUAGAGCCCAUGUAAGUCCUAUUUGGAUCAGGUUGGCUUGGCCACCACUGAAAUAAGCAAUAAGUAAAGGCUCUUGGCACCUGCAGAUCUCCUGCAAUUUGGCCAAGGGAAUGGCAGCCUUGAAGCAACCUUUCCCCUCUGGAGGGAAGUGACCCUCUUCCCUAAUGCUGCAUGGCAUUCAGGGGAUCAGUGGAGCAUUUCUUUGAGAACCCUCCUGCCUGUGAUGCCCCUGAGCCAACACAGCAGCAUUGGGAUGGUUUUCUAGGACAGUAUUCUGCGACAAGUCAUAUCUCAGACAUACCAUACUAGCUGAUUAAAAAAGCCAGCAGUGACUCCAACCUUACAUUCCUGGAUAUAUAAUGGCAGUUGCAAAGAGCAGAGCCACAAGCUGGAGAGGGUCAGAUGGAGCCUCCCAUAAGGGGACUUUGAGGAGAACAGCUCAGUGUGACUUUUGGUUCUGCUACUAGCAGAGUGACAAUAGGUGACACCUCCCUUCUGGAGCCUUAGCUCUGAAAGCACCUGGUGGGGUGUCCUUUCAGAAGCCACUUCCAUUUCAAAUGCUCCAAUUCCAGAUCUUGAAGUCCAGCGCUUGGCUUCAGGUCCCACUGUGAUGAAAUGUACCCUUCCAGCCUCACCCAGGUGGCCUAGCCAUCCUGGAGUCAUAUCUGCUGAGCACAUUUUAUAGGGUGGCACAUUUUUAUUCAACAGUUAUUAGCUACACAUCAGUGUUUAAAGAAGAAAAAGUGACCUUUCAUUUUUUUUUCUUGAAACUUGAGAAGAAACAAAAUACAUACUACUGAUUUUUUUUUUUUUUUUUAAAGAAACUAAAUGCAUGACUGCAGAGAGGUAGAGGUGUAUAUUUUUCAUACUGUGGGGUGGGGGUGGGGGAAGUAUUUGUGCUGCUUUUUGGAGACGGGCUAGAACGUCUGGUUUCUGUCCCCAGGCCUGGCAGCUAUGCUCUAUUUUCUGUAGAAGGUGACUGCAAUGAGACCUGGGGCCAUCCCCUCCCACCCCAGUGCUGUGCAGAGUCAGGAACCUGGGGACUCCUGGCCCGUUCCUACCUUCUAUUAAACCACUUUGAUUUGGGGAGAGAAAAAGAAAUAGAACUUUUUGAUAGUGUGGUAAAAACACUGAUUUGAACUAUUUUAGUAAAAGGAGUAACAAAUAAGAUUGUGAUAGUGUAUACUUUGAGCUAGAUAAAUAAAGGCCUCUUUGCGAGCCUC